CCGCUGCCUGCAGUAGCUCAUCAUAAGCAGCUUUAGUGGUUGCUUGGAUCAGCACCCUGGGACUGCAGAAGAGCAGUAGAAAGGAAUGCCUGGAAAGAUCAAGCAGGAAGCUCAGCUGCUUUAACAUUGGCUCCACAGCUCGCCGUUAACUGGGAUUAAAGAAAGUCAACUAAUGCUUCACAGCACCGGGAUUUCAACAGCACAGAGCCUCCUGAGGCAGAGAACCGCGACGGCAAAUCCAGCAGGAUCUCAAAGCAGCAGCUGCCUCUCCCCACGGAUGCCAUUUAACCCUGGAUUUGUGAGCAUCCCACUUUGCAAAAUCAGCUGGAAAUCCAUUGUGCCUUCUCUUGAUGGACGGUGAGUGCUGCCAGCCAAAGCCUGGGCUCCACACUGCCCAGCUGCCACCACCAGGGCUGGGAUAGGGAGAGCCUUUUCCCAUGCAAGGGGCUCCCGGCAGAUUCCCGGAGCUCCCAGCCCAUCCCGGCUGACCAGCAGAUGAUCCAGAGUGUUUCCCUACGAGAGGUGUGCUGGGGGAACGAAGGCCAGGACACGAGGUACCUGUAUCAUUUUGUGAUUCAUAUUUGUGGGUGAAUGCUGUAAAUAUGAGCCAAGAAGAUUUAAAAGAGAGUCCCUGAGCCACGCAAGUGAAUUCAUUUGCUUUUAGACAAAAUGCGGCUGGUUUUCAGCCUUUUACAAGCAGGAACAUUAUUUCUUUCCUAUGCCAAAGACUGACUGCAUUUGCUCUCCUGCUUUACUUCUACCGUGGAGGAUAUUUAAGCAAGAACAUGUAUAGUGAAUUGCUAAAUUCAACCAGUGCCACUGAAGCUCACCUCAUCAUUCAGACCAACACGCCCUACCUGAGCAGCACACCGAGACCCGUGAGCUCCUCAGCUUUCUACAUGUCCACAGCCCGGGUGUUAAAAGAAGGGGAAAUAAAUAAGCCAGACCUGGUGACUUACAUCAUCCUGUUUUUCUUUCUGUUCUUGACUGUGACAUUCAUUGUGCUCUUCAUUAACUGCCAGCUGAAAAACUCUUUCUUUGCUACUCUUCCUUACGACAGAUCGCUCAGAGAAGCCAAGAGCCCGUGGAGGACACAAGCUGUCUGACACUAGAGAGCAACGAUGGGUUACAACAGUAGCAGGCACCAGAACCCCCGCGCAAUAAGGCAUUAUCUCCAUGUGUUGCUGAAUGGAUGUGACCCUCUUUAGAGUAAUAGGCGGCAUCGCAGGAAAAGAUUGCCGAGAAAUAUCCUGUGUGCAAAUGGGAAUAGCUGUAAAUAAAAAGCUCUGUUAUGAACUCGAUAGAAUGCUUUAGCUAAUUUACACAGUUUUGUGCUACAAAAUCGCCCCGUGAUUCCAGAUUAAGCUCUAUAUGUAUGCAAAUGUCAUCAUCCACCCAUUCAGUGUCCAUACAAGGAUAUUUGCAUUAACAACCAUCUCUGAUUUGGGCAUCUGGUGGAGCUUGUUACCCGUGUUUAUGAAACCAUAGCAUCAAAUGUAAAAAACCCACAGUAUAUUUACCUAACGGUUCCACGCUGAGGGUAUGAGUUUACUUUCCAGACCCAUUUCUCUCCACUGCUGCUGUAAUGCAGUGGGAGUCCUGCCAGGCAGGAGGAGGGAAGGAAAAAUAUUUAUUUAGACUUUUGAUUGUGAUUCUGUUAAGAUUGGGGGUUUUAAUGUUUUACUGCAUCAUCGAUCAGGUUUGAAGUUACCAGUUAUGUGAACCACUAAAUACUUGAAGGAAUUUUGCCUUCAACUUUCUUUAGCUACAAAGGAAAUUGUUUGCCAGGGCAUGAAACCAAAAUAAUCAGGAUGGGGAGAAGGAAGGAGAGAAAAUAAAUAUCAUUAAUAGUAUGCAAACUAAUGAAAGAGGAGAGCAGAGUGCUCCGAGUUCUGUACAAAGCAGGUAACUUCUGCAAGCCAUAAACCACAGUUCUACAGGAAUAGUUGCUUUAAUGCACAAUACCCCCACUCCUUGCUCUUUAUAUAAACCUAGCAUGAUUAGAAGCAUGCUUUAUCAAUACAGUAACAGCUUGAUUCAACACUGAUUGCCAGAAAACCCCACUAUUUCAUAUUACUAGCUAUCCCACUUUGUCUAAAAGCUUCUGCUUAACCUUGUUAGCUGACAUGCUAUUCUACAGAUGCUGAUUUCUAGCAAUCUUGCAGUUACAGCGCAUUUCCCACUUGUAUUUCCCCAGAAAUGGCGGGCAAAGGGCUUUUCUUUUAAGCCCAGUGGCUCAACAUGCAACCAAAUUGCAGCUCUCCCGAAAUCCAGAGUCCUACACUCUAUUUUUGCUAGCGGAUCAUCUAUCACAGGAAUGGGGUUCGAGUUGUGUCAGCCGCUGUGCCCCUAAAUCUGUUCUUAACAUGCAAAGUACAGCAGACGUGCUGUGUGUAUAUAUGUACAUAACUGAUUUAACCUAAAUGAGAUUUUACAAUGCAAUUACACCAUACUUGCACUCGAGCACACAGACAAAAUGCAUAUGUACAGGAGCCUGUUUGCAAGCUUUUUUUACACUGAAAUGGCACAGUUGAUAACACUUCCAUGUCAUUGUCUUGGUUACCAUGUUUUAUUCUGCUCAAGUGAGUUAAACUACUCAACAACAGGCUGAAAUAUUUUAUUCCUUGAUAGGUGGCCAAUUUUGAUCUCCUCUGAACCAAAUUUAAGCGGUGUGAUUCCAAGCAAUUACUCUAAUGUAGAAAGCGAGAAUAAAUUCAAGUGUGUUUCUCUCAGCCCUUUUUGAAUAAAUCAAGUUUUAUCAAA